AUGACUAUCUUUAAUAGACUCAAUCUGGGCAUCGCUGUGGGCAGUUUUGCUAUAUUUCAACUUAGCUAUCAUGUGCUGAGUUCUUGGCUAUCUUCACGCCUAACAUCUGGUUUUAAUAAUCUUGACCAAAAGAAGAAAAUUGAAUGGAACACAAGGACAGUAUCUACGUUCCAUGCCUUGGUGGUUGAAAUAUUUUGUGUGUAUAUUUUAUUGUAUGAUGAAGCUAUUAAUGCUGACCGUGUUUGGGGCGAUCCUUCUACAGUGCAACUAAACCUUGCUAUCACUGUAGGCUACCUCAUUUCAGAUUUGUUGCUUAUUAUUUGGCACUGGAAGGCAAUUGGGGAUGUAUUUUUUGUAACUCACCAUGUACUAGCUCUAUAUGCAUAUUACAUUGUACUGGAUAAAGGAGUAUUGGCUUAUUUUGCUAAUUUUCGUCUGCUUGCAGAAUUGUCUACCCCUUUUGUGAAUCAGCGGUGGUUUUUUGAAGCAUUGGGGUAUUCUAAAGCUUCAAAAGCUAACAUCAUCAAUGGACUGCUAAUGACCAUCAUGUUCUUCCUAGGGAGGAUCAUAGUCAUUCCAAUUUAUUACAACAGUGUGGCUUCUGAGUUUGGAACAGAAGCCUACUACAGAUUAGGAUUUGUAGCUCAAACCGCCUGGAUUGUCCCCAGUAUCAUAUUGGAUAUUAUAAACUUAAUGUGGAUGGUCAAAAUUACACGAGGAUGUUACAAGGUUAUUCGUCUCAUUGGACAAGAAGAAGCCAAAACUCAUAAAAAUGGGAAAUCUGACAACACGAAGAAGAACAUUUAAUAGCAAUUCGGGGUUACAGCUUGUAUCUUCAACUGGGCCCCGAAAUCUAUUGACAGCCAACAAAGUGAGUAUGAGUCUUUUGCUACUAAAUCCAUUCCUCUUUUUUAAUAGCUAGGUUGAUGCAGUUUGGCUCAGUUGCAGCUUCCAAGUCAUUUUCAAGUUUGGUCCUACAUAAAAUACAUUGCAGUAGUCUAACUGUGAGGUAACAAGGGCAUGAAUCAUAGUUGCAAAUACAAAGUGAGGGGAAAAUUUGUAAGAAAAACAAAAUAAUUGGAAAUCUAUGGUUUACAUUAACUUCACAUAUGCUCUCUA